AUGCCAAUAAGACUACCCUAUGAGGGCCCAAUACCAUGGUGUGUCCCACCUAUUUCAUGGAGUCCCCUGGGGGUAGCCAGGUACUCCCAUGGGAGUUCCAUGGUAUCUCCUAGGACUUCCAGAUUCCUCUUACAUUUCCUUGGGAGUCCCACCUCUGUGGGAGUCCCAAGUAUUAUAUUCCCUGGGACUCCCUAA